AUGGGUCUCUUCAAUUUCCUAAGAGAUGACACCCCGCCCCCACUGUACCAGCAUGGCAAGCUUGGCGAACCAGGCUGUCACCUGUCCACCGUACGGCCCAGGAACCCAGAUCCUACUGCUCGUGAGAGCAGUAACUAUAGCUCAAACCGAAAAGGUUUAUUUAAGGCGGAAAUGUUUCCAAUGACAUCAUCUUUGCAAGCGCCAAAUAGAAGAAACCCAACGGGCAACACCUCUGGAUUCGGUUCUGUUGUUGUAGGCCCACAACGUGGCGAGGAAGCCAUGCAGAAACUCCUGGGACAGAUGAAUGAGAGAAGAAGUGGUCAUCGUUCAGGGGCGUCUGGUAACUUUCCGGGACCUGAAAAUCGAGGAAUAAACCCCGGCUUUUUUGGACAGCCCAACCCUAGAAGGACCGGCCGUUCCAGAGAUUCAUUCAUGCAAGGGCCUAUGGGCAUGGAUAGAGGAGGUGGAGGUGGAGGUGGAGGAGGGGCGAGACUUGAUGGCGUUGGAAAUUCGCAUCCCGCUUGGAAUAUGGAUCACGUAAAUGGAAGUGCUGGUACAGGUAGCCAGAGAGGACGAGGACCGACAGGUGGUCCUGGUGGUAUGGGCGGAUUUGAGGCCAUGGGGGGUAUAGGUUUCGGGCGUGGAGGCAUGGAUGGAUUCGGAGGCACAGGUCGUAGGCGUUGA